AUGGCCACACCGUCAUUCUACGAGCUCUACCGCCGGAGCAGCAUCGGCUAUGCCCUCACGGACACCCUCGACGAGCUCAUCAGCGAAAACCGCAUGGACCCGCAGCUUGCCAUGAAGGUCUUGGCCAACUUUGACCGCGCCAUCGCCGAGAACCUGCAGCAGCAGGUCAAGGCCCGUCUGACAUUCAAAGGCUCGCUCGACACCUACCGCUUCUGCGACGAAGUCUGGACCUUUUUGAUUCGCAACGUGCAGUUCAAGAUGGAGGGCGGCAGCACGCCGGUGACGGUCGACAAGGUCAAGAUUGUCAGCUGCAACGCGAAGCCGGCAGGGCCGUAG